CAGAAAUGAAGGCGCCGCGGCGGCCCGGCGCCCUCGCGGCGGCCGCGCUGGCGGGGCUCCUUGCCGCCGGCUCCGCCGCAGGGGCGGGCUUGCGGGCGCGGGAGUGCCCGCUGUGCGCGGCGGAGGACGACUGCCACGUGGCCUGCGCCGAGGUGAAGCGGGAAUCCCCGGGCGGCAGGUACUGCCUGGAGGCCUGCAACGGCGCCCACCCCGGGGACAGCUUCGACGCGGCGUUCUUCGCCGCCGCCGACGGCAAGAUGAAGGAGUCGGCGGAGUUGGACGCGCACAUUAAGGAGUUAGGCAGGGAGCUGUCCGUGGAGCUCGGGCGCCUCUGACCGCGCCGCCGCGGCGCCGCGCUGCGCGCGCGCGCCGCCGCAGGAGCCGCGCUCCGAGGCUGGCGCGCGCGCUGCGCGCAGCGCGCCCGCGGGCGGGGGGCGGGGCGGCGUCGGCAGUCCUCGCUGUCUUAUUCGUUGUUUUGCCGAUCGGCCGGGCCCUCGCGCCCCCCCCAUCCCCCCACCCCGGAGUCGAUCUUGGCUGUUUCUGGCGCCUUCUCGUC